UUGUAUACGUUAUCUAUAUGUAUGAAUUUAUGCAUUUUUGCGUUCGACGAUGACUGAAUGAAUUUAAAUACUUGGCAAAUCAUUUUCAUUUAUUUCAUGAAGAUUUAACUUAACGAAGCUAAGCAUGCGGUGUACGUAUACAAUUGCAACGAAUAUUAUGUCAUGAAGUCAUAUAAGACAUGUUCGAAGUGUAUAGUCGUUAAAAAGGAGUACGAAAUUUGUGAUAAGCUCAUAGAUUUCAGAAUCGCAGGCUAAAUAUAAUAAAUUCCUACAUUGAAGUUUCCUAAUCGAACUUAAAAUUCUGAAUUCAAGGUUACCUGAAGGUCAUAGGUUGAGUUGGUUUUAACGUCAACUACAACUCUAUGAAACUUGAAAUAUAUGGUUUUAUUCAAAGAGAAGUCAAAAUCACUUUCAUUUUUACUGAAAAACGGUAAAGAUUCGUUAAUUUUCGUUCAAAAUGUUUGUCUGUCAGGUUAUCGGAGAUACCUGAAAAAUGGCGGUUAAUCUUUAGAGGAUACACCUGUUAUAUGUAUAUAUGUAUGUGUCAAAACAAAAAGCAAACAACAUAGAUGCGAAUUGCAGCACGAGGUUAAUUAACCAUUAUCUGUUAAUGUCAAAAAAUUUCCAAGUAUUACAGUACCGUGCAUUUACCCUAUAAAUCUAUAUUAUAAUUAUUGACUAGGAUGACCGAAGAGAAAAGAAAGGUGAAAGGAUGUUACUGUAUUCGGCAGAAGUUUCAGAAACAGCAACAGAGAAAGAAAGAACAAUGUAAAAGGAAGAGACAAACGUUGGUGUAUAAUCCGGAGGAAGAAAUGUAUCAUGAACCAUACAUGAGAGAUCUACGGAAGGAGUUUUCGGACGUGUCCUUAUUGUGCGAUUCAAAAAUUGAAUUACCAUGGCGAGAUAUCGCUUUACCGGCAGCUGGCAUGAAAAUUCGUCAAGAGCUUUCGGCAUCUCCUCUUAAUGGCCACGACGAGAAUGGUGGCGACCAGGGCAAUGGAACGGAGCUCGGGAAAGAAGAGUCCAUAGGCACCAUGGCCCUACCUUGGAAAGAUUUAAUAAUUAUGGAAACCGUACAGUCCACUCUUGCAGAUCCCGAAAAUUGUGACUCCACGUUAGAAAUCCCAUGGAAUGACCUCGUGCUAGAGAAACCGAUUGAAAUACAAGUAUUGUCUGAAGAAGGUUGCGAAGACGAUGACGUUGAAAUUCCAUGGGACGAUAUCUUGAUACCUCGAAACCUAGUGAUUGAAUCACAGAAAAAAAAGAAGCACCCGUCAUCGAAGUAUCCGCCGCGCGGGAUGGCAAGCAUGGGGUGCACUAAAUGUAAAAAAUGUUGCUUGAAAACUGAUAGUGGAUCCAGGUCAGGAGGUUCUUGGAAAUAAAUUCUAACUAUCUGAUGAUAUUAGACAAAGAUAUGGAUAUAUGUCUACAGAGAUGAUACGAAUGUAAGACAUUUUACACAUUUCAUUUUAUUCAUUUCAAAUGGCGAAAAACGUAUGUACGCAAGAAGUGCGCUACGUAGUUGUGUCCGUAUAUGUAUUUCAUUGAUAGAAAGAGAUAGGCGCGUUUACGUCGCAUUUUAUCACGUAAAUACAUAUCUGUAUAAUGUAAGAAUCCACAUUCCGUGCUAGAAACUAUUACUAUAUUCAUAUAUUUACUACGUGAAUUUGAAAAGAAGUAUGCAGAUUACGUAAGACUACAUCUUCAAGGUUGUCCAGAAUCUUUUUCAUUAGGUUUAUUUUUAGCCGAUCUGAGUUGUUUGACACGUAUUUCGUUGCAUACCACGAUACUUACCCAUCACAAAGAACAAAGCUGGGUUUCGUUCGUUUGCAUCUUUUUAUCUUUUUAAAAAAUCACGAUUGAUGAUCGUAAAUAUUUAUUGCCGACUAAUCGCUGAUGACACACAAUUCUGACAAGGAAAUAGGUAUAAGGGGUUUUAUGGUGUACACAGUCCCUUCGUCACCGUUUAUUGAACUGACGGGGCUGACUGAAAGAGAAUUGUUUCUGCAUAAACUAGGUACAUAUGUACAUAUUGGUAGACCAUUAUGUUGGGUAUCCUAAGUAUCGGAAACGUCGGUCACGACAUAAUAGAGGUAACUGGUCCCUAAACAUUCCCGGGAGUACGAUAAAAGAAUAUACUCAUGCUUUUAAUCUUGCGAAGGCUUUCUUUUAAUAUUGUUUAAACAUAUUUAAAUAAUCGUAUCGUUCAGAGUUUCUAGAAUCGUUCUAUGUAAACAAUAUUCGUGCAGUUUUACGACAGAUGGAGUACUCGAAGUUGAAAGUUUUUCUGUUUCCAAUUAGUUUUUGUGCUAAUUGAAAGAAGUAACAGUGCACAGUUGUCCAAAAAGCGGUAUAACACAAAGUUUGAUGGUAUAUUGUAAGUAAUUAAAAGUAAUUAAUUACACGUAAAAUUUCCUGAUUUUUUCUAUAAAGUAUUAUAUCUAAUUACAAAAUUAAAAAUUGCUAAUUCAUUAAAAUAAAAAAAUUGUAUCAUAAAGUUAAUGUUGAAAAAUUGCAUUUUGGCCACAAAUUGCUGUUUUCCGGAUCACUGUGCAGUAGUACAAAAUCAAUAAUUUUGUAAUAAACAAAAAGCGAUCAUCGAGAAUUAUACAGGGUUCGUCCAUCAGUAAAAGCCGUCCCUAUUAAAUUUUCGUCAUAACAGUUAUGUUUGGUCUCUGGAUAUUUCAAACGGCAGUUAUUUUUUUAUUUAUCUCUUUGUUCAUAUAAAGACUACAAAAAGAUCAUCGGCUACUUUAAGUUCAUAGGUCUGGAUCUAGAUGCUUACAUCAAAGUAAAACAAUAUUAUUAUUAUUAUUAUUAUUAUUAUUAUUAUUAUUAUUAUCAUCAUUAUCAUUAUCAUUGUUUUAACUUAACAGCAACUUAGCAAUAUCUAACUUAUCGAAGAAUAAACUUAUCUAUUACCUUACCCAA